CAGAGGGAGAGAGGCAGAGAGAGAGAGGCAGAGAGAGAGAAAGACAGAGACAGAGACAGAGAGGGAGAGAUGCUGCACCUGUGCAUGAUCACCUGAGAAGAAGAAAAUAAAACAGAGAGGAGGUGAAGAAUUUGUAAGCAUGGCGGGACAGUUUCACAUCUGAGAGAAUCUCCAUUAGUCAGCUCGUCAUCAAGAAGGUCAGUUGUCCAGUCUCUGUCGGCGCCAUGGCUGAUCCAAGCUGGUGGAAGCUGACCUUCUCUCGCAAGAAGAAAUCUGAAUCUAAGGUCCUGUAUGAGAUCCCAGCUGAGUAUGGCAGCAACACCGGAAACAAAGAGCACUCGAGCAACAACCCCCCUCCGGAUAACAUGGACAGCCAGUUCAACGCCAGGCUGGAGAAGAUUGUGGACAAAUCUGCCACCAAGGGCCGCCACGUCAAGGUGUCCCACUCUGGACGCUUCAAGGAGAAGAAGAAGGUCCGUGCCACGCUGGCCGAGAACCCAAGUCUGUUCGCAGAGCACAGCCUCGGUGGCGAGAACCAUAAAAAGAAGACAAAUGACAAAUAGCACAAAAACAUGCUUGAUCACAGGUGUCCUAUAAAAUAAAGUGUAGAUGAAGGAUUAAAAUACACA